AUGGACAGGGUGGAAAGGGCUGGGCAGGAAGGAGGGUUUCCCGACUGCGCUGUGCCUGUGAAUUUGCAUGCCGUCCUGCGGCUCAACCAAGGGAGUGAACAGCCCAACGGGGACGUAGUCCAGGCGAGACCAGUUCUAAGGACUCACACUGGGGAGAAACCCUAUACAUGCCUGGAGUGUGGACAGACCUUCGCUCGUAGUUCAGGCCUACGUUUACAUCAAAGGACUCACACUGGGGAGAAACCCUUUGAAUGUCUGGAGUGUGGACAGAGCUUCACUCAUAGUUCAGGACUACGUCAACAUCAAAGGACUCACACUGGGGAAAAACCCUAUAAAUGCCUGGAGUGUGGACAGACCUUCGCUCGUAGUUCAGGCCUACGUUUACAUCAAAGGACUCACACUGGGGAGAAACCCUUUGAAUGUCUGGAGUGUGGACAGAGCUUCGCUCGUAGUUCACGCCUACGUUUACAUCAAAGGACUCACACUGGGGAGAAACCCUUUGAAUGUCUGGAGUGUGGACAGAGCUUCACUCAGAGUUCAGGACUACGUCAACAUCAAAGGACUCACACUGGGGAGAAACCCUUUGAAUGUCUGGAGUGUGGACAGAGCUUCACUCAUAGUUCACGUCUACGUUCACAUCAAAGAACUCACACUGGGGAGAAACCCUAUACAUGCCUGGAGUGUGGACAGACCUUCGCUCGUAGUUCAGGCCUACGUUUACAUCAAAGGACUCACACUGGGGAGAAACCCUUUGAAUGUCUGGAGUGUGGACAGAGCUUCACUCAUAGUUCAGGACUACGUCAACAUCAAAGGACUCACACUGGGGAAAAACCCUAUAAAUGCCUGGAGUGUGGACAGAGCUUCGCUCGUAGUUCAGGCCUACGUAGACAUCAAAGGACUCACACUGGGGAGAAACCCUUUGAAUGUCUGGAGUGUGGACAGAGCUUCACUCAGAGUUCAGGACUACGUCAACAUCAAAGGACUCACACUGGGGAGAAACCCUUUGAAUGUCUGGAGUGUGGACAGACCUUCGCUCGUAGUUCAGGCCUACGUUUACAUCAAAGGACUCACACUGGGGAGAAACCCUUUGAAUGUCUGGAGUGUGGACAGAGCUUCACUCAUAGUUCAGGACUACGUCAACAUCAAAGGACUCACACUGGGGAGAAACCCUAUACAUGUCUGGAGUGUGGACAGACCUUUACUCGUAGUUCAGGCCUACGUUCACAUCAAAACUCUCACACUGGGGAGAAACCCUAUACAUGUCUGGAGUGUGGACAGACCUUCACUCACAGUUCAGGCCUACGUUCACAUCAAAACUCUCACACUGGGGAGAAACCCUAUACAUGUAUGGAGUGUGGACAGACCUUCACUCACAGUUCAGGCCUACGUUCGCAUCAAAGAACUCACACUGGGGAGAAACCCUAUAAAUGCCUGGAGUGUGGACAGAGCUUCACUCAUAGUUCAGGACUACGUCAACAUCAAAGGACUCACACUGGGGAGAAACCCUUUGAAUGUCUGGAGUGUGGACAGACCUUCGCUCGUAGUUCAGGCCUACGUUCACAUCAAAGGACUCACACUGGGGAGAAACCCUUUGAAUGUCUGGAGUGUGGACAGACCUUCGCUCGUAGUUCAGGCCUACGUUCACAUCAAAGGACUCACACUGGGGAGAAACCCUUUGAAUGUCUGGAGUGUGGACAGACCUUCGCUCGUAGUUCAGGACUACGUCAACAUCAAAGGACUCACACUGGGGAGAAACCCUAUACAUGCCCAGAGUGAGGAAAGAGUUUCACUCAAAGUUCAGGCCUACGUUCACAUCAAAGGACUCACACUGGGGAGAAACCCUAUAAAUGCCUGGAGUGCAGACAGAGCUUCACUCAUAGUUCACAUCUACGUUCACAUCAGUGGACUCACACUGGAGAGA